AUGCACACAUUUACAAGGAAGAGAGCUGAGCACCGGGAGAAACGUAUUGCCCGCCGUAUCGCCCGCCGUAUCGCCCGCCGUAUUGCCCGCCGUAUCGCCCGCCGUAUCGCCCGCCGUAUCGCCCGCCCCAUCUGUGACAUUCGGUGCAAACUCUGCAAAUACAAAACAACACAAACGGACCAGCUGUGGAGUGACCCCGCCGCCCGCUGA